AUGGCACAACUGUGGUUCGUUCACUAUUCUCGCGCACGAGGCAGAGCUGACACCUCAGGUUUCGAGCAUGUUUUUAUAGGAGAGGUGAAAAACCAUGAAAUCACCGGAAUGCAUAACUGGAUUCGCUUUUAUCAAUUGGAAAAGAACGAGACAGAAGAGUUUGACUACAAAGGAUAUGUCAUAAAACGAGGAAACGUGAUGGCGUCUCUUAAAUUCACCUGGAAAGGAGAUCUAAAGCGAUCUGGAUCGUUGCUGAUAGGAACAUCUCCUGAAUACGACAUGGCCCUAUACACACUGUGCUUCUUAUCGCGACGUGGACGUCAGCAGUGUGAUGUAAGCAUUUUUGGUAAUAUGGCGAUUCGCAAUACCGUAAGGCUGUCGUGA